UUAUUUUAAUUCGUGUAGUGAGAAGGUAGUAAUCCCACCGUCCUGACUGGAGGACGGAUGUUCCGUUACUCCAUUUUCCAUCAUCGACCGAAAGGAACAAACCUGCCGGAGCAGCGCUGAUCACCGGACUGAGAAUUGCGACGAUAAAAGAUCCAGUCAUGCAUCGUGACUGCCCUCUAGACUGCAAGGUCUAUGUUGGAAAUUUAGGCAACAAUGGAAACAAGACAGAGUUGGAGAGGUCAUUUGGCUACUAUGGUCCUCUCCGCAGCGUUUGGGUGGCCAGGAACCCUCCAGGCUUCGCCUUUGUAGAAUUUGAAGAUCCCAGAGAUGCUACUGAUGCAGUGCGUGAGCUUGACGGAAGGACGUUGUGUGGUUGCCGGGUGCGAGUAGAGCUGUCCAAUGGGGAGAAGCGCAGUCGCACCCGUGGUGCUCCCCCACCAUGGAGCAGGCGUCCUCGAGACCGAGACGACUACAGGGGGCGUCGUAGCCCACCACCCAGGCGAAGAUCCCCACGCAGGAGGAGCUUCAGCCGCAGUCGAAGCAGGUCUUUCUCCAGAGACAGGAGGAGGGAGAGGUCCCUCUCCCGGGACAGGAACCAUAAACCUUCAAGGUCGUUCUCGCGAUCAAGAAGCCGCUCCAGGUCGAACGACAGAAAGUAGUGGAACGUCUGUCAGGCGUCUGUCAGGGAGCGGAAGAUGAGCGGUUGUACAGGCUUGACCGUUUCAGAUGAUGGAAUUCAACAUGGCCGUGUGGCCAUUUUUGUGUUGAGUUUUUUAAACAAUCAAGCGUUUUAGUGUCCCUCCCCUUUACUUGUUAUGGUAAUUUUCACAGACAUUGAGUGGGUGUGUACAGGUGUGUUGCCUCACCUAAGUUCAUCCUAUGGGUCCUGAAACAAUCGUGCCACCCAGCAUUCCAGUUCACCCAUUAGUCUCUGAGGCGUUUUGUUUUUUGUCAAUGAAUGUACUGUGUAGUUUGACAUAGUGUGAGUAGUUUUCCUCUUUUUCAACGCAAGCAUUUCUUUUUUUUUAAGUAAGGAUUGGGAAGAUUUCUAAGAGAGUCCCUCCUUUUGAUUGUCUGUAAAGCCAACCUAUUUUCAACUUUCUUACUUCACACUGAAGGUUUCCACCUGUUAAUGGUUGGUUGUUUGUAAUAAACGCACUCCCACAUUCAAGCUUCAAAACUAUGGCAUAGUUACGGAAAAAAAAGGUGUGAUGAACACAAGACUGAUUUUUGUCUACGAAAUUUUCCAUUAUUUUUCUUUUGUUUGAUACAAUGUGAAAUGGUCUCUCAAUUAAAGAUACCGGUUGAUUACAAAAGA